AUCUUCCAUUUUAACAGCUAUUUUUAAAUGCUAAUAAUAAGGUGGCAGACAAGAAUGAGAAAGACCAUGCCAACAAAUUGCUGGCAGAAAUGAAUCAGGAACAGGUAUUCCAGGGGCAGCUGGACCGUUUGGCAGUAUCAGCUAUUCAGGCUCUCACAGCGGUGAUGCACAGCUCUCCAGCUGCCAAGGAAGUGUUCAAGGAACGAAUUGGUUAUGCCCAUAUAUUUGAAGUUCUAAAAUCUAUGGGUCAGCCUUCACAGGAACUACUUGAAGAACUUCUGAAUAUGGCGGUUGAAGGUGACCAUGGAUCAGUUGGAAUGUUGGGCAUAAGCAACGUUCAGCCUUUGUUGCUGCUAAUCCAAUGGCUUCCAGAGAUGGAGUUACAUGAUCUCCAAAUCUUAAUUUCAAAUUUGCUGAAGCGGAUUUGCUGUAUUAACAGGCAGAGUCGUGCAAUUUGUGUCAACACAAACAUGGUCAUCCAUAUCAUUGAAACACUCAACAAGCACCCUCAACUCCAUGGAGCUUGUGCUGAGAACCUGAUUGCCCUCUUGGGUUCUUUGGGAAGCCUGUCAGUGAGCUCUGAAGAACUGCAUGAGCUGAUUCAGCUGCUAAGGACUAAGGACUCAAAGCUGGCUCAUCCGUACAUUGUUCCUGUGAUGCGUGCAAUUCUCACAAUGGCUCGAAAGCAAAGCUUGGACAACGCCUUGCAGUAUUUUGACUUGUCCCAUAGCAUGACAGGCAUAGCAGUGCCGGCUAUUCACAAGUGGCCAGGUUCUGCAUUUGCUUUCAAUGCAUGGCUUUGCCUGGAUCAACAUCAAAUGAUUCCAGAUGCUAGCAGCAAGGGUGGCAAGAGGAAGCAACUUUACAGCUUUUUUACAGCUAGUGGGAUGGGAUUUGAAGCGUUCAUUACAUGUUCUGGAAUGCUAGUAGUUGCUGUAUGUACAAAGAAGGAGUAUGCUACUGUGAUGCUAUCAGACCAUUGCUUCUAUGAUUCUCUUUGGCACAAUAUAUGCAUUGUUCACAUGCCUGGGAAAAGGCCCUUUGGUCAAAGUCUUGUCUAUAUUUAUGUAAAUGGACAACAGAAAGUCUCGACACCACUUAGAUUUCCUGCCCUGAAUGAACCAUUUACUUCAUGCUGCAUUGGUUCAGCUGGUCAGAGAACAACUCUUCCUCCACCAUCGCAAAUCCCGGACCCACCUUUUUCAUCCCCAGUUAUACCUCCUCGGACCUCAUUUGGGGGGAUCCUUGGACCAGGCAGCUGGAGUGGCCUGCUGGGGAAAUCAGAACUUAUCACCAAGCUGAUCUCUGCAGGAACUCAAGAUAGUGAGUGGGGUUGCCCCACCUCUCUGGAAGGCCAGCUUGGCUCUGUUAUUAUAUUCCAUGAAGCCUUACAACUAUCUCACAUCAAAGCCUUAUAUUUGACAGGUCCAAAUUGUUUAACUCCUUGGAAGUCCCAAGAAUCUGAACUGGCAGAUUUGCCUAGCAAAAUACUUCUUCACUAUGCUCCUAAGGCCUGCAGAAGCCCUAUCUGUCUUGACCUUUCUGCAAAUCUUUUACAUGGGAGGUUAACAGGGAUCAAAAUAGUAAACUGGGACAUCAAGGAUAUGAUUAACUGCAUAGGUGGAUUAAAUGUUCUGUUCCCACUGUUGGAGCAUAUCAGUUACCUUGAUGGGCAGUUGCCUGAGAGGCCAGAGGUAGAAACUCUGCCCCAUGAAUUGUUGACACCUGUUGAAGGAGAUUGGGUUGUAUUAACAUCCACCAAGGCUUCAGAGGCUCGUUUGGAGAAGAAUAUCAUUGCAACCUUCAUCUUGAUGAUAAAGCAUUUUAUUCAAAGGCAUCCAAUCAACCAAGAUAAUUUUAUUCACACUCAUGGAAUUGCAACAUUAGGAGUCCUUUUGCAAAAGGUGCCCAGCAGAUUCAUGGAUGUGAAUGUACUAAUGGCAGUCCAGUUAUUGAUAGAACAGGUCUCUGUGGAAAAAAAUGUACAGCUUUUGCAGCAAAUGCAUCAGCACCUACUUUUUGACUUCAGCAUAUGGAACCGUGGGGACUUCCCAUUCCGAAUUGGCCAUAUCCAAUACCUUUCCACAAUUAUCAAAGAUAGCAGAAGGCUCUUCCGGAAAAAAUAUGGUGUGCAGUUUUUGUUGGAUACUUUGAGAAUUUAUUAUGGAAACCACUCCAGGGACAGUGACUUGCUUCCAGAUGAUCUUAGGACAAUCAGGACAUCUCUGUAUGGUCUAAUCAAAUACUUCUUGACCAAAGGUGGGACACACAUGGAAGUCCAGAGCGUAAUGGGAUACAUAGCAGCCACAUGUGAUGAGGAGCAGCUCUUUGGGAUUCUGGAUAUGCUCUUCAGCCUGCUUAACACCUGCCCAACCCGAGAUCAGCUUUUCUUAUUGCUUUUUGAACCAGGAAAUGCAGACAUCCUUUAUGCUCUUCUACUGAAUCAGAGGUAUUCUGAUAGACUACAAGAACUUGUGUUCAAGAUUGCAGAGCAAAUGCUUAAAUGCACUAAAGUUUAUGAACGGAGCAAACAACGUAUGAAACUCAGAGAAGUUGGCUAUUCUGGAUUGGGUCUGCUCCUGAAUGAAUCUCCACUUAGCACUUCUCUUAUGAAGAACCUUUUCAACCAAGUUCUGCAUGCUGAUCCAUUUGUGAAUUGCAAGGACUUUUUAGCUGUGGUGCACUUGGCUCAUCGAGCAGAUCUAAACGUAAGAGUGGCUGCCUGUCGAAAGCUUUUGCAAAUCCUACAUUCCCAACAAGAUUCAGCGCAACAGAUUUCUCAGCAACUUGGGUGGCAGGAGACGCUGACUCGACUGUUCCUGAAAGAGCAUGCUGAUGUCAGGAAUGGUGUGAGGGACACUAAAAGCGACUCUACUAAAGGAGAUGAUAAGCGUGCUUCUGCCAAAGACCAUCAGCAGGGUCGUACUUCCAAGGCUGAUGGGGAAGAUGGUGCUAGUUUUGCAUCUGUCAAUGGUUCUUGUGAUCAGUGGAGUUUAGAAGAUGGCAAAUCUGUGACAGUGCUGGAGGAUACAUCUGUGAGGGAGAUGCCCUUUAGGCCUGAGGACCAGGAAGACUUGUGGCAGAAGAAUCUACAUUUAAGCUUAGACCUCUCAAGUGUUGACUCUUAUGAAUUGGGUGACAGUGGGAGCCAGAUGGCUGAUAGUCUGCCCAGCACCCCUUCUCCCAUAGAGAAUACAAAGACAUUUUCUGGACAGCUUGACAAGGAACCAAAUGCUGCAGAGGACCUGGUAUUUGCUGCUGAUCUUUCCUUAUUUGAAAUUCAUGAGGGAUGCAAAGAAGAUCUCCUUCAGCUUCUGACAGAUAUUUUGCUUUGUGUGAUGUGGAAAGGCAUUGAGAGAUCAGAUGAUGCAGCUUGGAUUGAGAAGGGUCAGGUUUUUUCUGCGCUUACCAAAUUGGGCAUCUCUAAUGAAUUACUACUACCAUCAGAUGAGAUUAAACUCAAUUUGUUAGAGAAGAUGCUGGAGUGGGCAGUCACUGACACAAGAGAAGCCAAAUCCCUCCCAGUGUACACAGAAAAUGCUUUCCGACUCUUGUUCAUUGUUCAGGAUUUCCUGCAAGCAGAAGGUCUCGUGAAUUCAAGACUCUGGACAGAAAAGCUUUUGGAAGAACUGGUGACGCUCGUGGAUACUUUGGCAAUCUGGUAUUCUUCUGGCCCAGAAAACGUGAAGCUCUAUCAAGUACAGGUCCAGCUGCUUCUUGGAUUCAUUGGACAGGAUAAUUUACAGGUUUGUGCAAUGGCUGCAGCCAAGCUCAACACCCUCCUUCAGACCAAAGUAUUUGACAACCAAGCGGAAUCCUGUUACCUGCUGGGAAAACUGGAAGGCAUCCUGAGCAGAUCUAUCCAAGAAAAGACUGAAACUUAUUCCUUCUUGAUCCCUCUAGUUCGAACUCUUAUUUCCAAAAUAUAUGACCUUCUGUUCAUGAACUUACACUUGCCUUCCUUGCCUUCUACUAAUGGAAGCCCUUCCUUUUUUGAGGAUUUCCAGGACUAUUGUAGAACUGAUGAAUGGCAAGCUUACAUUGACAAAUAUAUUAUCCCUAAUAUGAAGCAGUACGAGCUCAGCAUUUUCAGUGAUGGCCAUGAACGUAUGGCACUAUAUUGGAAGGAUUGCUUUGAGGCAUUAAUGGUCAACAUCCAUAAACGUGAACGGGAGAGAGGAGAAAGCAAGCUCAAAUUUCAGGAAUUUUUUGUAGAGCCAUUUAACCGGAGGGCACGGCAGGAGAACAUGCGUUACAAUGGAAUGCUAAAACAGUUAAAUAAUCAGCACACAACAACUUUGAGACAGUGGAGAGCUGCCAAACUUUACCUUACCUGUGAACAAGGCCCUUGGGCUGAAAGGAAGCCGAAUCUCAUUCACUGGAAACUUUCAAAUGUGGAAAAUUAUUCACGAAUGAGGCUAAAAUUAGUGCAAAAUUACAAUUUCAACUCUCACCAGGAGGCCAGUGCCCUGAGGGAUAAUCUAGGAGUAUUACAGAUGCCACCAUCAAGGGAAGCUUUGCUUCUGGAGGCAGUGAAGCAAGUAAAAGUCGGUGAUAUGGAAGAUGAUAUACUUGAACUACCAGAUGAAGAUCCAACAUCCAGUACAAAUACGGAUGAAAAGGAAGAGCAGGGUCAAAAAGAAAAACUUGUGCUCUCAGAAGACUGUGAACUUAUUACAAUAAUGAAUAUAAUAUCUGGCAGGCUGGAGGUCACUACACAACACAUUUACUUUUAUGAUGGCAGCAUUGAAAAAGAAGCAGGUAUAGGUUUUGAUUUUAAAUGGCCUCUUUCUCAAAUUCGAGAGAUUCACUUGCGCCGUUAUAAUCUGAGGAGGUCGGCUUUGGAGAUCUUCUUUAUUGACCAGACUAAUUAUUUCCUUAAUUUUAAAAAGGAGGCAAGAAACAGAAUAUAUAGCCGAAUUCUGUCUCUGUGUUCUCAAAAUAUUAGUGGGACCAGAUCUCCCCAAGAAUUAUUCAAAACUUCUGGAUUGACUCAGAAAUGGGUGAACAGGGAAAUAUCCAAUUUUGAUUACCUCAUUCAGUUAAAUACUAUGGCAGGACGAACCUACAAUGAUCUUGCACAAUAUCCGGUUUUUCCAUGGAUCCUGCAGGAUUAUACUUCAGAAGAAUUGGAUUUGAAUAAUCCUGCAGUAUUUCGGGAUUUGUCUAAACCUAUUGGUGUAGUGAAUGAAAAGAAUGUGAGAGCUGUAAAGGAAAGAUAUGAUAACUUUGAAGACCCCCUUGGAAUUAUUGACAAGUUUCACUAUGGGACUCACUACUCCAAUGCAGCUGGGGUCAUGCAUUACCUCAUUCGGGUUGAACCUUUUACCACUUUGCAUAUCCAGCUUCAAAGUGGGAGAUUUGACUGUGCGGAUCGACAGUUCCAUUCCAUUCAUGCUACUUGGCAAGCUCUCAUGGAGAAUCCAAAUGAUGUGAAUGAGUUAAUCCCAGAAUUUUUCUACUUGCCAGAGUUCUUAGAGAAUCAAAAUCAUUUCAAUUUUGGUCAGCUCCAGAUUUCAAAAGAAGAGAUAAAUGAUGUUGUCCUUCCAAAAUGGGCAGAUUCUCCAGAAGACUUCAUUUUCAAACAUAGGAAAGCAUUGGAAUCAGAAUAUGUCUCUGCUCAUCUCCAUGAAUGGAUAGAUCUGAUUUUUGGCUAUAAACAAAGGGGGCCAGCUGCAGUGGAAGCUCUGAAUGUCUUCUACUACUGUACCUAUGAAGGAGCUGUAGACCUGGAUGCCUUAACUGAUGAGAAAGAAAGAAAAGCCUUAGAAGGGAUGAUUAACAACUUUGGACAAACACCUUGCCAACUAUUGAAGGAGCCCCAUCCAGCAAGAUUAUCUGUGGAGGAAGUGCUGCAGAAACAGACCAAAAAUGAAAAUUCCACCCUCAAUCUGUUUCAGCAUCUCUCUGAACUAAAAUCCUUCUUUAUUGAGGGAAUCAGUGAUGGAAUCCCCAUUGUUAAGGCCAUUGUUCCCAGGAACCAAUACCGGUCUUUCAUGUCACAGGGAAGUCCAGAACUUUUGGUAACAGUGAAUCUCAACUUUAUCAUUGGAACUCAUGGAUGGCUACCUUAUGACCGAACUAUUUCCAAUUAUUUCACUUUCCUUAAAGAUCAAACAGUGACAAAUCCCAAAACACAACGAAACAUCAGUGGUCCUUUUGCACCAGGAUUACAAAUUAUUUCAAAGUUGUUUGUAAUGUCCCAUGAUGCAAAGUUGCUUUUCAGUGGAGGGCAUUGGGACAAUAGCAUUCGUGUGACAUCUCUCACUAAGGGAAAAAUGAUGGCCCAGCAUAUUCGGCACAUGGACAUUGUGACAUGCUUAGCCAUGGAUUUCUGUGGGAUCCAUUUAAUUUCAGGCUCAAGGGACACCACUUGUAUGGUGUGGCAAAUAGUUCAGCAGGGAGGAGUACCAAUAGGAUUGGCUCCUAAACCUUUGCAGAUUCUCUAUGGACAUACCAAUGAAGUGUCUUCAGUUGGCAUCAGUACAGAACUGGACAUGGCAGUGUCAGGUGCCAGGGAUGGAACUGUGAUUGUCCACACAAUUCAGAAGGGGCAACAUAUGAGGACUCUAAGGCCACCCUGUGAGAGUUCUCUCCAGAUCAUUGUUCCUAAUCUGGCUGUAUCUUGGGAAGGACACUUAGUUGUUCAUACCAGCAUAGAAGGAAAAACAUCUCUCAAGGAUAAGAAUGCAUUGCAUCUCUACUCUGUGAAUGGGAAGUAUUUGGGCUCUGAGAGCUUGAAGGAAGAAGUGUCGGAUCUUUGUGUGACUGGAGAGUAUAUUGUAAUAGGGAGUCUACAGGGAUUUCUCUCCAUAAGAGAUCUCUACAGCCUGAGCCUUAGCUCCUCCCCUUUAGCCAUGCGGCUGCCAAUUCACUGUGUCUCUGUUACCAAAGAGUUCAGCCACAUUCUGGUGGGUCUCGAUGAUGGCAAGUUGAUUAUCAUUGGUGUUGGAAAGCCAGCAGAGGUAAAACCUACCAUCAAGAACUUUAUCUACCGAACAAUGGGAAGCUCAUUUAUUUCUGCUUUCCGGCUGAGCAAGCGAUCACUUCUGUGGCAGGGCAAACUUCAAAGCAAAUUUGACCUUUCAAAAGGAAAGAAAUAAUUCCCAAGACAUUCUUAGAGGUUCUUUAACAGGACUGAUGCAACAAAAAGAGGGAAUGUAGAGGGGAACCCACAGGGGGAAAGGUGCUGAACUAACAUACAAAUUUUAUUGACUUAGCCUGAAUGUCUAAGAGUGCUUUCUAACUGGAGUGAACCUGCUUAGUGCCACCUGCCAUUUAAUACUUAAUUCUCAACAUUAACCUGUCACCACUGUUUAAAAUGAAUGACAUUAGCUUCUAGAAGAGCACUGAAUAGACAACAGUGGGCUACUUUGGAACCAUUGUGGCUUUGCUUAGCUGCAUUCCUACUCCAUUUUUUAAAAAAAAUGCUAUUACAGAUCCAUCUUUUUGUUGUUAAUUAGAUUUAUGCAAAGGGCACUGCUUCUCAUCCUCGGAGUGGAUGCAAACUACUUGGAUGCCAACUAAAAUUAUACAGUGUUUAUUGGGCAUUUCCUUUAGUCUACAGCACAAAAGGGAUAUCACCAAAAUAUUUUCUAGACCAAGUGAAGCAAAGCCCUUCAAUGACCCACUGGGCUUUCUGAGCUGAUGGAAUACUGCAUUAUGGCGUCUGUGAAAAUGAUUCUCCUAAUUUCGGAGAGAUGCCUACUAGUAUUUUCUUAACUCAAGCAAACCUCUGCAUUAACCUCUUCAGAAGAAACCAGGAAAUGACUGAUGCUUAUUAGUUUUAUUGAGGACGAUAUAAAAACUUUGCAGGCUGUCUCUCAAGUGUUACAUUGGGGGAGGUGUCUAAGCCCUUUUCAAAUCUCUGGAAUAUCCAGGUUAUAACAUAUCUAAGCCAUUCACUCUCUUAGUUCAAGUUGUCAAGGUAAAGUCAACCUUUGACUUCAUUCAAAGUCAGACUUUGAAAUGUUGCACUAUUAUCAUGAUUAGUUAAAUUAUUUACUUGCCAAAAAGAUGUGUGUUGUUUACCACAAAACUAGUAUGCCUUUAAUUGCACAACCCAGCCAGGUCAUUUGAUUGCUGACCUAGGUUUUGAGUCUUUCUUAUUUAUUUACUUAUUUAUUGCAUUAUAAAUUGCAUCAUUUAACACUAACUGUUUGCACUGAUUAAGAUUAAUGUAUAGGUUUCCCACCACAAUAAUUUUCUUCUUCCAUUCCCUGUUUUUGCUGUUAUUUUUCAAACAUUGUCAAGUGUUUUACCUCUAAACAUAUGGUGUAAAGACUAUGUGUUCAUUUAGCGUUAGCUCCGAAACAUAUUUAGAAGACUGCCUAGUGAGGUUGUUCAGUUUGCAACCUUAAACAAAAUUGAUUGUUUUAUAGAAGUUCUUUUCUGUUUAUAUUUUAAAACCAAAUAGCGACAAAAGGCACCAUAAUCUUGAUAUAUAAAUUCUGUUUUCUUCAGCCUACAAAGCUUUUUAGGGCAUUCAAGGAUGCCUCUUUAAAAUCACUUGACAAUUUGACUCUUUAACAAUGUAUUUGAGAGAAUUCCACUUUGUGCCCUCUAUUUGUUUUCCUUAGGAUUGUCCAAACACUGAAAUACUUUAGAAAUAAAUUGCCGUUGUGUUGUGUAUAUGUGCUCUAUCUUUUGCUGUCUGCGCUUCUGUAGAACCAUCUGAAGUUUUUAUUUAAUUUAUCCCCCUUAUCCCACUUUCCCCUUCCUUUUUGUGUCUCUGGCUUACU